CGUUAAGACUCCAUGACUUAUCGGGAACUUGGGUUUUUUUUUGAAGAACAAAUAUUUUCAUUUUUAGUAAAAUCAAAUCAGUGAUAUAAUCAUUUUCUGUGCUAUCACAAGUUUGUUGUCUGUUGUCUGAAUUGAAUUGACAUUUAUUAGCGUAACUACAGAACACCUAGAACCUGCGUUUAGAAUCGUUCAAGCGAUUUUGUUUGUCGAGAAGGAAGCAAUUUGGUGAUUGCACUUUAUAUUCCUUGUUUUUGUUCCUUUCUUAUUGUUCACUUUUUAAAAUUAAUGAACCCAAUGCCCAUAACUCGACUUCAAUGAGAUAUUUUCAUUCGGAUGGAACAAAUUCUAAAUUGAAAUCUGUGGAAGAAAAUCGCUGGAAACCUACAGACCCAAUUUUCCUGUCACAUAGUUGGGAAGAGCCUCAAACAAACGUUAUUUGGGUGCAGAAUCCCCUUCAACAAUUGAUAAACUCUGAGAACGGAUCUGAGAUGCCUACUGCAACAAUCGGGAGUACUCAUCCUAAUAACGAAGAAUGUGGGAUAAGAGAUGUAUGGGCCCACAAUCUGGAGGAUGAGUUCAAAGCUAUAAGACAGGUGGUUCAAAAAUAUACUUAUGUUGCUAUGGACACAGAAUUCCCAGGUGUUGUAGCACGGCCAAUAGGUGAAUUCAGAAGUUCCGCAGACUAUCAAUAUCAAAUGUUGAGGUGCAAUGUGGAUUUAUUAAGGCUUAUACAGUUGGGUUUGACUUUUUUGGAUGAUAAUGGUAAAACACCUGGAGGGUCUUAUACGACAUGGCAGUUUAAUUUUAAAUUCAAUCUUCAGGAAGAUAUGUAUGCCCAAGACAGCAUAGAUUUACUCACAAAUUCAGGCAUACAAUUCAAAAAGCAUGAAGAUGAGGGAAUUGAGCCCCUAGAUUUUGCGGAAUUGCUUAUGACAUCUGGCGUAGUGCUUAUGGAUAACAUAAAAUGGCUUUCUUUUCAUUCUGGAUAUGAUUUUGGUUAUUUGUUGAAACUAUUGACUGACAAUAAUUUGCCACAGGAUGAAACAGAUUUCUUCGACUUACUGAAGCUCUAUUUCCCAACCAUCUAUGAUGUUAAGUACCUCAUGAAAUCGUGUAAGAACCUCAAAGGUGGUCUCCAAGAAGUAGCCGAACAGUUGGACUUAGAACGGAUUGGUCCACAACAUCAAGCAGGAUCAGAUUCUUUAUUAACUGGAAUGGCGUUUUUCAAGAUGAAAGAGAUGUUUUUUGAGGACACUAUUGACGACUCGAAAUUUUCGGGUCAUUUAUACGGCUUAGGAACUUCUUUCAGCUUAAAUGGAUCUUCGAAUUAUUCAAUUGACAAUGGGGAAAAUUCUACCCUUACAACAUGAAAGUAGAAUGCUGGAGUAAGAAUAAUACCAAAUGAGGCAACAAGGAAGAACUUUUUCACAUAAGUGAACAAACUUGUGAAUGAAACCAUCUGUUAUAUUUGUAUAAAAUGCAGAUAAUUUAUUUUUUACUUUUAAAAAGAAUGAUGUAAAUUUAGUGCUAAGUUUUUCAGUAUCAAAAUAAGAAGUCCUUUCCUUUUUUUAGAACCAAUGAAAUCAUAAGUCUAUUUUGUAAAAUGAAUGUUUUCAAUUUGUUCAUAAUCACUUUUAUUAAUAAAAACUCAUGAAUCAAA